AUGGCGUCUUCGAUAUGCCUGUUGGGAGCGCUCUGCUGCCUCCUCUGUCUCCCAGGUCUGCUGGAGGCCAAGUCUCUGCUGAGCUCCAUCAAGCAGGAAGAGAUGGUCCCUGUGAGUCACCUCAACAUCGACUCCGAGAAAGCCAACGACUUCCUGACUCACUCCAGACCCAAACGCAACGCAGACCCCAAGUGGUACCGGGCAAACCCGGACUUCCAGGCGUACUACAGAUACUACAGCAGCAUCGGACACACCGAGGGGCUCUACGAGAUCGACAAGCUGCGGAUGAUCUACCAGCAGAUGCGCUACCUGGAGCAGGCCUACGGCCCCAACGCCUCUUACUUCCAGAGCAAGCUGGGCGUGCCCAUGAUCAUGUGCGACCCAGUCACAGACAAGAAGUGCAAGCCCGUCCCCCCUCCUCCUCCUCCCCCGAUGAAGGGCGUCCCGAGGGUCACGGAUCCUCCUGCGACCGACCCCCCUCUCCCCGCCGCCCCGUCCAUCGCCCAGGCCGACGUGCUCUUCCUGUGUAACCUCAAAGAUCCGCUCUGCAAGCCCCACAUCGUCUACCUCCCCACCGGAGCGGUUCCCGUGCUCUGUGACCCCCGCUACCACCCCCACUGCGCCCCUCAGAAAGCUGCUCCUGCCCCCGUGGUCAAGGCUCAGCCUCCUCCUCCUCCUCCAGUCAAGUCUGCGCCCCCUCCUCCCCCGGGUCCCCCGGUUCCCAUCCGCGCCUUCAAGGGCAUGGAGUAUGACUGCGACCCCUACUGGGACCCCGACUGCCUGAUCGACCACCCGCCCCGGCCCAUCAAGGGGAAGCCCGAGCCCCCCGUCGCGCCCCUGGAGAAGAAAUUCACCCUCUACCCUUACCCGUACUACUACCACCCCCAGCCCUACGACCCCCGGGACGACCUGUACGACCCCGCCCGCUUCCACUACCCGCAGCCGGCCGAGCCGGCGGACGAGCCGGCGGAGGACGAGCAGUGA